UCGAUUGGCAGUUGGCUCGGAAGUUUCAAUUGGCAGCGAGUCUCGUCACGAGUCACGAUCGAGUCGCUCGAACAGUCAUUUUGCUGCAGCACUGUGGGCACCUACUUAUGCGAAUGGCAAUAGCGUGCCAUAGGAUAUUGCAGGAAACACCGUGAUCGCUCCUCGUUUUAUGUUGUACAUACAUACAUCUGUUGUACACCUACCAAUCGGUGGGAUCUUGUACUUGCUGCGAUACGAGGCUGUAUAGUACAGGGCCAAACUACGGUGCACGAUUAUUAUACGUUGUGGCCCGUGCACUUAUAAGACUGACAGGCAGCACAAUUAGCAGCACUUGGACUGCAGAUCCACGCACGCCGUAUAAAUAUUUUAUAACAAUUUCGCGAUAUCAACAGCGCGCGAGAGCAGCGCGCUACAAUCAUUGAGUCAUCUUGUUUCUGCAUACUGUAUUCUCGAGCAUAUUCACGUUUUGUGGGUCGUGUCGUGUGAGUCGUGGGCUCGUGUGUGUCGUCGUGUGUUCUACAUGUUGUUGCAACUCUUGCAAGGAUCAGCGGCAAGACUUUAACCCUCGCGUUAUCAUGGCGAAACUCGUGAAGAUGUGGAAAGACUCGGACUCGACGCCUCUGGGGCCAAGACAAUUACCUCUCUUCAUUGAUGAGAAUUAUGCAAUGGUUAUGGAUAUAUCAGGUCUAACAAUACCAGAAGAAAAAUUAGUAUCAACAGGCAAACAAAUUGAAGAAUUCAAAAAAAAAUUCAGUUUGUUGUCAGAAAAUGAGCAAUCUAAAACUUUUGAAGCUGCCCUUAAAGAUGUGUUAAGUGUUUUGGAUCAAAGUGUCCCAUGUAUUGGAUGUAGAAGAAGUGUUGAAAAAUUAUUUCACGAACUGAGCAAAUUAGAAAGUUUUCCACCUCUAGAUCCUAUUAUAUUUUCUGAAAAUGUGGUAACUUUUAAUCCAAAGAUCUUUAAAUCCCCUGGAAAAUUAUGUGCUUAUCUUCGUGGUUACAGUUCAAGGUUAAACGAUUUGGUUGACCAGCAACCUCGAAACAAAAAAUCACGUCGGUGCACUUUGCAUUCCUUAGAAGUACAACGUAUGAGAUUAUCUCCACAUGUAUGGAGGGAAGUUUGGGAUGGAAUGGAAGCAGAAUGUUUAAGUGAAAUAACAUUCAUAGAUUCUGAAACAUUGCGCAUUAUAUUAGAUGCUUAUCUACGCAAGCACAAAUUCUGUGCAGAGUGUCGCACCAAAGUUGUAGCAGCUUCCAAUUUUGCACACGAUGAAAAAAUUGAUAACAAUAGUAUUGAUGGAUGUAAUGAGGAUAAUGAUAAAAAUGAUAGUCAAAACAGUCAUAAUAGUCAUAAUAAUAAUGACAAUUACGAACAUAAAAAUCAUAAGAAUUGUAACAAUCAUGAAAAUCAUGAUGAUCAUAAAGACUUAACAGAUCAUAAGUGUCAUGCUGUUCGUAAAGAUCAUGAAAAUUGUACGAGUCCAUUAGGUCAUAAAAGUCAUCCAGAUAAUAAAUGUUACACUGAUCUUAAAGAUCAUUGUGAAUAUAAAGAUUUUAAAGAUCAUAAAACUAGUAAAGAUAACAAAGAUGUUAAAGUACGAAAGAUAAAUGCUUCUGAUUUAUAUGCUAGCAUAAGACGUUGUUCAAGUGGUCAUGUUCACUUGCCAAUGAAAUAUGAUUACAUCUGCAAUUUAAUUGCAAGGACCACUUCUGAUUCUUUAUCAAGAGAACGUCAUGCCAAAACUAAAGAAAUCGCUCAAGAGGAAGUUUUAACGUGCCUUGGUGUAUGUGUUUAUGAGCGAUUAAAUCGUGUCUACAAAAAAAUGAAAGAAGAAGAAUUUAUUAUAAAUAUUUUAGUUGCAACAGCUAUGAGUACUAUUUCUAGAAAUUUCCAAAUUGCCAUUGAAACUAAACAAGGUUUUUCACAAUUAGAAGUUUUAUAUCAUGAAUUGGAGAAAGAAAAAAUUGCCAAAACGCAACGACGCGAAAAAUCGCGACUCAAAAGAAAAAAAAGAAAAGAACGUCGUUUUGAAGUUGAAGAGAAACAAAAAAAGUCUGAAGUAAGCGAUACUACAACUGAUAAAAGUUCCGAAGACGACCAUAACAAAGAGGAAACACUUACAGAAGGGGAAGACUUAUCUUUGCAAUCUCAACCUUUUUCUGAGUCCAACACACAAAAUAAAAUAUCAGAUCUUAUGUGCAAUGAAUCAUUGACUUGCAAUUGUCUCAAUUGUAUCAAAAACUCAACAAACAAAACUGAAUUAUCUGCCUUCCAAUCUCAGUUUGGUGACCUUAACUUAAAAAAUGAAAGAGAAAAAAUUUGCUGUCAGAUAAAAUCAUCAGCUACUCAUAAAAAUGAAAAAAUUGAUCAAAGUUCUGUAAAGGUUACACUCUCCAAUUCAUCUAGAUCAUGCCGCGCCGAUGACAGUCCUAAUAAAAAUAUUUGGGAAAGUAGUGAAAAUUGUAAAGAACAGGAACAACAUGAAGAUCUUAUAGACGGAACUUUCAAUUCAAAUAAACAUGAUAUGAUGUGGAUAGAAGUUAAGAAAAAAAUCACCAAAUCAACUUAUAGAAAUAGAUGUACUUAUAGUGAAAACUCUUCACAUGAUUAUGGAUAUUCAUCAGAGCAUGUAAGCAGUUCAUCAUUGCCAAGUACACCUGAAGGAUCAGAAGUAGCUUGCAGUGAUGGUUGCUGUAACGGCGGUGAUCAUCCAGAUAUUCAUGCUGCAAACAAAAACAAUUUUUCACAUGAUAGCCUUUUUCCAUUAAUAGAACAUGGCAGAGGACCUCUGCUAUCACAAAUGUUAGAGGAUUCAGAUUUAUCCGAAAUGGAAGAUGACAGUAAUUCUAUUCCAGAAGAAGAGGUGUUAGAAUUUAAGUCACGUGAAGUUCAUAUCACAGAGAAACGUCAAGAACUUCGCCAAGAAUUGAAAAACCGAUUCACGGCGUUAUGUAACUGCCGUAAACCUUUCAUUCCUCGUUGAUAUUUUUUAGUAGAACUUGUUAAUUAUUUAUUGUUCUUUUUUUACGUUGGUUUUAUUAUAAAAAUGUAAAAUCAUGUAAAACUUCUCUCUCACAGUCCACACAUUACUUAAAUUUAAUAAAACCUUAUAUAUUUUUUGUAUUAAUUCAAAAAAAAUGUAAAUAUUGAAGAGAAAGAAAUAAUUAAGGAUAAGUUUUGACAAAAGAUUAGUUUUUAUAUUUAAAAAUGGCUGAGAUUGAUUCAGACGCAGAGUCUUCUCUUAUGUUGAUCAUAAUGAGUAAAAAAAAAAAAUAAAUAAACAAAAAUAUU